AUGGGUUCUGACUGUGGCUCCAACUGCAGCCGCUCCUCCUCCCCCGACCUGGUGGUGGAUGACCACGCUGGGAGCUUUUUCUCCAACAAGAUGUUCCAGUCAUACUGCCAAGAGAACAGAGAGGACAGCGAGGCCGGCCAGGACAGGACGGUGGACGGACAGACCCAGGCCGGGACCGAUCUCAGCAAGAUUGACACCCAAGACCUGAGACUGAAAGUGAACAGCCGGGAGCGCAAGAGGAUGCACGAUCUGAACACGGCCAUGGACAGCCUGAGAGAGGUCAUGCCCUACGCUCACGGGCCUUCAGUCCGCAAGCUGUCCAAGAUCUCCACCUUGAUGUUAGCUCGCAACUACAUCCUCAUGCUGUCCGGCUCCUUGGACGAGAUGAAGAAGUUGGUGGGGGAUGUUUACGGAGGAAGUGCUGCCGCCCAGAGCCGCACCGCUGCCCACCCUGCUAUCACCCCUGCGGCCCCAACUGCCCACCACCCUCUGCAUCAUCUGGCCCACUCUCUGCACACUCUGGCGGCCAGCGCCCCUUCAGCUCUGCAGCAUCACUCUUCUCACGCCACGGCCCUGCACUCGCCUCCAUCAGCAGGCUUCCUGGGUUUCCAUGCACCGGUGCAGAGCCUUAUGAAGGACCCCCUCCACCUGGCCGGGUGCUACAGGCACUUCCCCGGCAUGCCCUGCCCCUGCUCACUCUGCCAGCCUUUACCCACCUCCACGUUACACAGCCUGUCUCUGAGCAAGUGA